CAUUUAAAGAACAGACGAUUGCAUUCACCUCAUAUAUCCAUCACUUUAUCUUCACUAGUCAAGGAAGAAAAAUAGGGAUAUGGGUUCAGCGAGUGGAUGGAGCGAUGAGGUUCCACAGAAAGCCUAUUGGAGGUGGAGCAAACAAGAUUUCUUCCCGGAAGAAUCAUUCCAAAACUGGGGAACCUACAGAGACGCGCUAUCGCAAGCGCAUCUCCGUUUCGUAGACCGCCUCUUAAGCCGGUCAGACGACGCCAAUGAGGUUGUUGAGCUCCGGAAACAAAGCGAGAACGACAUGAAACGGUGCCUGAACUGGUGGGACCUCAUUUGGUUUGGGUUCGGCUCGGUCAUUGGCGCGGGCAUCUUUGUGCUCACGGGCCAAGAAGCUCAUUCCCACGCAGGACCCGCGAUUGUCUUAUCCUACGUCGCUUCGGGACUUUCGGCAAUGCUGUCUGUUUUCUGCUACACGGAAUUCGCGAUAGAAAUCCCGGUAGCGGGCGGGUCGUUUGCUUAUCUGAGAGUAGAACUGGGAGACUUUGCAGCAUUCAUCACGGCUGGGAACAUACUUCUCGAAAGCAUAAUCGGAAGUGCGGCAGUUGCCAGAGCUUGGACUUCUUACUUCACUAGUCUACUCAACCGCCCGUCCAACUCGCUCCGUAUCCAUACCAAUCUUAGAGAAGGAUACAACCUCUUGGACCCGAUCGCGGUUGCCGUUCUAGCAAUUGCAUCAUCGAUUGCCAUGGCUAGCACGAGGAAAACCUCACUACUCAAUUGGAUUGCAUCCGCAGUGAAUACUGUCGUGAUCUUGUUUGUUAUAAUUGCGGGUUUUGCUCAUGCCGAAACCGCAAAUUUGAAGCCCUUUCUUCCCUUCGGUGCAAAAGGGGUAUUCCAAGCGGCCGCGAUCGUGUACUUUGCAUACGGAGGAUUCGACAGUAUCGCAACAAUGGCUGAGGAAACGAAAAACCCGUCAAGAGACAUACCACUGGGGUUACUCGGGUCGAUGUCGAUCAUCACCGUCAUAUACUGUUUGAUGGCACUUUCACUGAGUAUGAUGCAAAAGUACACAGAUAUAGACCCCGAUGCGGCCUACUCUAUUGCGUUCCAGAGUGUAGGGAUGAAAUGGGCGAAGUAUUUGGUAGCGGUCGGAGCUCUUAAGGGGAUGACCACCGUUCUUCUUGUGGGGGCGCUCUCUCAGGCUCGAUACACUGCACAUAUCGCGCGAGCCCACAUGAUCCCUCCUUGGUUUGCUCUGGUCCACCCGAAGACGGGAACCCCCAUCAAUGCCACACUGUUGAUCACCAUUUGCAGUGCUUUCAUUGCUCUCUUCUCAAGCUUGAAAGUUCUGGCGAGUUUGCUAUCCGUAAGCACGCUGUUUAUCUUCAUGAUGAUGGCAGUUGCGCUUCUGGUGCGGAGGUACUACGUAAGAGGGAUCACGCCUCGGGCGAGCUUGUUGAAGUUAGUUGGAUUGUUGCUUCUCAUUAUCGCUUCGUCCAUGGCGACUUCAGCUUACUGGGGAAUGAGUCCCAACGGUUGGAUCGGUUACACCGUCACAGUUCCUCUUUGGUUCUUGGGGACUCUGGGAAUUUCGGUGGCCUUGCCACAACAAAGGACGCCCAAAGUCUGGGGUGUCCCGCUAGUCCCCUGGCUUCCGUCGCUGUCCAUUGCGACAAAUUUGUUUCUCAUGGGAUCUUUGGGAGCUGAUGCUUUUAUACGGUUUGGCGUAUGCACCGUGGUAAUGCUGGUUUACUAUUUAUUUUUCGGCCUCCACGCAACUUACGAUAUGGCACAUGAUCCAAAGAUGCCAGAAUCCUAGAAGGCCACUGAAGCAAAAAGCAUGGGAAGUCCAGGUCCUUGAAAUUCAGAAAUCUCUCAUCCCCCCGUUGGCAAGGAUCCUUUUCUCUAUUAGUGCAACUUAGGAGUUCUGCAAUAGAUAUAAUAACAAGCUUCUGAAAUCUAAAUUUGAAGGCAUCAACUUAGUCGAUCUCAAUGUAAAAGUUGUCAGAGGGAAGAAAAUAUAUUGCUCAUUGCAGAAAUGGAAGAAGAACUUAACUCUCUCUGAAUUUUAUAGAUGUGAGUUUGUGCUGCAAAUUUCCAUGGGUUCAGAAACAACUUGUAAUUACUUUUAAAAGUCUUGUAAUAGUACUGAAAGUCUUGUGUGAAUAGUGUAAGUUAAUUAUGUGUACAGUAGAAAUAUCAGGAGUCAAAGUCUUGUAAUAGUAACUUCUAAUUAUAUGUGGUACUAUGUAGUAAUGUUCGUACGUAAGCCAUGAUGUAAAUACCAGUGUCAGUAUUCCCUCUUUACGCCUAUAAAAGGAGGGUUCUGUCUAUUGUAAUAACCAAGUUAGUUCAAGCCAGUGUUCUAAUAAUAUUACUUGUGUCUUGUGUUUGCCUUUA